AUGCUCUCCCGUACGGUCAGCUCGUUGAGCCGUAUGGCUCCGCAGACGCUGGCUGCUGCUAACACCGUCUCGACUCGUCAGUACGCUAUCACCGCUCCACGUCCACCUACCGAGCUCAACCAGAAGCUAAAAGUCACUAUCAUCCCAGGAGAUGGAGUAGGACCAGAACUCAUCUAUACCGUUCAGGACAUCGUCAAGCAAACCGGUAUCCCAAUUGAAUUCGAAGAGAUCUUUCUCUCCGAAGUCCACUACACUCGCUCUUCGUCUAUUGAGAACGCUGUCGAGUCCAUUGCUCGCAACAACAAUGUUGCUCUCAAGGGAGCCAUUGAAGAAUCAGCCGUUCUUCACACCGAAGGAGAGCUUCAAGGACUCAAUAUGAGAUUGAGACGGUCGCUUGACUUGUUCGCCAAUGUUGUUCAUAUUAAGACUCUCGACGGUAUCAAGACCAGACAUGGAAAGCAGCUGGAUUUCGUCAUCGUUCGUGAGCAGACUGAGGGAGAGUACUCCAGCUUGGAGCACCAACUUGUCCCAGGAGUCAUUGAGUGUCUCAAGAUCUCGACUCGUGUCAAGGCUGAACGUAUCGCCAAGUUUGCCUUUGACUACGCCACGAAGACUGGAAGAAAGAAGGUCACCGCUGUCCACAAAGCCAACAUUAUGAAAUUAGGAGAUGGUCUCUUCCUGAGAACUUGUGAAGCCGUUGCGAAGCAGUAUCCUAAGAUCCAGUUCGAGUCAAUGAUUAUUGACAACACUUGCAUGCAGUUGGUGUCUAAGCCAGAGCAAUUCGAUGUGAUGGUCAUGCCAAAUCUUUACGGAAAUAUCAUUGAUAACCUUGCGGCCGGUUUGGUUGGAGGUGCCGGAGUCGUGCCAGGUCAAUCCGUGGGACGUGACUUUGUGAUUUUCGAACCAGGAAGUCGUCACUCCUUCCAAGAGGCUAUGGGACGUUCCAUCGCCAACCCAACUGCUAUGAUCCUCUGCGCCGCUAACAUGCUAAACCACCUCCACUUGGACGCCUGGGGCAACUCGCUCCGUACUGCAGUCGCUGAUGUUGUGAAGGAGGGAAAAGUCCGCACCCGUGACUUGGGAGGAUACGCUACCACCGUCGACUUUGCUGAUGCCGUCAUCGACAAGUUUCGCAUCUAA